CAGCGGAGACACCUUAGGCUACCGAGCUCAUAUGGUAUCCUCCAUACCUUACCAUUCAUCACUUAGUCUCAGAACUUAAUACUCAAUACAUUAAGUAUGGAUCAACAUAUCAUUGGUGGCGGUCGCCAACUGGAACGCCAAAUCGUUGCUCGUCCUGGUCUAACAGCAGGAUUGGUUAACAUAGGGCAAGAGCAAGUUACGCUCGCCGGAGCGACCAUUCCUCAUGGAACUGACGGCUAUGUCCCUGACGGCGUCGGAGUACACGAGGCCCAAACCAAAGCUUUCGAAGCAGCGAACGCUGACCGUCUCCUCGAAAUCAACCAGGAACUUGACCGCAUUGUUCACCGUGAUGAAGUGAUCAAUUAUCGCGAUUAUCCUUUUCGUUUGCUGCGGAAAACUUUACGUGGCGCCGCCCUCGUUGGAAAUAACCUUCUCAUGACUGCAAGUCACUGCGCCCCCUGGGAUCUCAAUAGCGACGGCGCAAUGCCUGGCUGGUGGAUGCGCUUUGUACCCUCCUACCACUAUGGCCAAGAGCCCUACGGGUCCUCCUACAUCUCCGACUUUCGCGGCAUCAGAAACACAAACAAUGUCACGGGUCUCGAUUACGUCAUCUGCAGGCUCCACUCUCCUCUUGGAUCCACCUGCGGAUGGCUUGGCAGUAAAUGGUGGUCCACCGAUAGUCCUUACUACGAAGGUAGUUGGACAAGUGUAGGCUACCCAGGCGAUGCGCAGAACGGCCAGGUUAUGAUGGUUGAGCGAGCUAUCAAGCUGCACGAUGUUGACAACGAGACCGAGGAUGGGCGAGAAUUGGAAGCGCAUACGUUUUCCACGCCGGGGUGGUCUGGAGGCCCGAUGUUUGGGACUAUUGAAGCGGGGCAGAGGACGGUCGGUAUUAUGAGUGGGAAGGAGUAUGAGCGAGACGGAUUCUUGGGCAUCUUGGGAAGCUCGCAUUGGCAUAGUGUUUCUGCUGGUGGGAAGUAUAUGACUGACCUAAUCUUGUGGGCCAUUGCGAAUUGGUCUGCCUAA